GAUGAGAUACUAGCUCAAGCUGCUGCUAAACGCAAUGCGGAUUAUGAGAGAAAUAUUUCCUCUAUGCUUGAAUCUCAUGGAACCUAUCCAAUGGAACUUAUGGAACUUAUCCAUCCUUAUGGAGAAGAACCUGGUGAAGCUAUAGCAACUCAGACACUCAAUCAUGAAAAUCAAACACUUUACUCCUUGCUUGAAGAGAUUCAACCUGUAAUAGAUAGAACACAUGUUGGAACUGACUUUGUUCAGGCUCCAGUGGAUGAUACACUACUCCUAGUUGAAGCUAAUGCAGCUCAGAGACCAGACAAUGAUGUGCACACUAUUGUUUCCAUGAAUGAACAAUAUGUUCAAGAUCCAGUAGAUGACCCGCAAAUUGAAGUUCCAGAAAUAGACUAUAAGAUGGACACCACCGUCCUACCUUCAUCAUCGACCAACCCACUUACAGGAUUCCCUGCGCUUCCAGCCUCCCCACCAGGGCCUCCAACAAAACCACUCACAGGAUCUUCUGAGCUACCUGCUCUCCCACCUAUUGACAUAGCCGUGAUGAAUCGGCCACUUCGGUCACGGAGACCACCGCGAUGCUUCUCACCUCAAACAUGGCCGAGACGGCGAUCAAGACCACGGAGACGAACAGCACGCAACAUCAAGUUGGCUCAGAGAUCUGAGUCACAGGUACCACCGCCAGGCAACACUGGGAACAAUCAGCAAUCGCAGCCACAGGAGCCACCUGCAGACAACACUGAGGUGACUCGGCGAUCUCAGCCACGGAGAACACCGCCAAGCAACACUGAGGUUGCUCAGCAAUCUCAUCCACGGGGACCACCACCAGGCAACACUGAGGUUGCUCAGCAAUCUCAUCCACGGGGAUCACCACCAGGCAACACUGAGGUUGCUCGACGUUCUCGGCCACGGAGACCACAGCCUCAGGCUUUGGAACCUGAAGUUUCCUAGAUGGCUCCAGCUGAUAGUAUGAUGCAGUAACGAGCUCGUCAAUACAUACAGCUCAGCCAAGAAGAGAUGAGUGAGGAGAAAAUGAACCAAAAAAAAAACAACCAAGCGAACUCUUCAACCAAAC